AGUAGGACACGACUGAAGUGACAGCAGCAGCAGCAGCAGGUUAUAAAGUAUAUCCUAGAAUUGGGGGCCAAUAUUAAACUUUCAACUUAAUUCAUUAAGUGUCAAACUCUGUUUCUAGAAACAGAGUUCUGUUUUCUAGACUAGAAACUCACAAUGCUUUUGACAGUGAGGUACUACCUCAAAAUCCAAGUCUUCUGGAUUACCUCCAGAGUUCGGAAAUAACUUUUCUCCAGUUCUUGGUGUAUUUCAUAGCCCAAAGCAAGGAGAAAUGUGAAUUUGGGGAUUUAGUUCCUAGACAAACUAAUUGGUUCAGCUCACACACAAAAGAGGAUAAUCCAUUUACUCUACAAGAUUAUUAUAGGAUAUGAUUCACAUUCCCAAAGAUCUUAGUGAACAAGAAAGUGUUUACCUAAGUCUAAAGGGCAGAGCUUCACAGGGGACAGUGCCCUAAGCAGAGCCCCUAGUGUUUGAAAUACAGAGCAGGAGCAGCAUUUUGUUCAGAUGUCUGUCAGUGACUGGCAAUUUACCGUCAGAAUACACAAGAGUGGGAUGAACUAAAAUUAGCUCACAAAUUCCCCAUAGGGUGGAGUCUGAGCAAAAGUGCUUUGACUUUCUCGCUCAGAAGUCUAGCCUAUAUUUGUAAGCUACUUUUGAGGGGUUUCAUUUUGCUGAAAAGAGACACUGGGAACUGUGGACCCCACUGGAAUCCUAAUAGGUGGAUUCAUCACACCUUGAACCAUCGAGGAAGCCCUAAAGUGUGUACGAGAACUUGUAAUGGAGCCUUCACCUCUUGAGUUACCAGCUGAUACAUUGCAACGCAUCGCAUCUGAACUUAGAUGUCACCCAACAGAUGAGAGAGUUGCUCUCCGCCUUGAUGAAGAAGACGAGCUGAGGCACUUCAGGGAGUGUUUUUAUAUUCCCAAAAUGCAGGAUCUGCCUCCAAUUGAUUUAUCGUUAGUGAAUAAGGAUGAAGAAGCUAUCUAUUUCUCGGGAAAUUCUCUUGGCCUUCAACCAAAAAUGGUUAAAACAUACCUGGAAGAGGAACUAGAUAAAUGGGCCAAAAUGGGAGCCUAUGGUCACAGUGUAGGGAAACGUCCUUGGAUUAUAGGAGAUGAGACUAUUUCAGGACUUAUGGCUGACAUUGUGGGAGCCAAUGAGAAAGAAAUAGCCCUAAUGAAUGGUUUGACUGUUAAUUUACAUCUUCUACUGUUAUCAUUUUUCAAGCCUACACCCAAACGGUAUAAAAUUCUCCUAGAAGCCAAAGCCUUCCCUUCAGAUCAUUAUGCUGUUGAGUCACAGCUUCAACUUCAUGGACUUAACACUGAGAAAAGUAUGCGUAUUAUAAAGCCAAGAGAGGGGGAAGACACAUUGAGAUUAGAGGAUAUCCUUGAAGUAAUUGAGAAUGAAGGUGACUCUAUUGCAGUGAUCCUUUUCAGUGGUCUGCAUUUUUAUACUGGACAGCUCUUUAAUAUACCUGCCAUCACAAAAGCAGGACAAGCAAAGGGUUGUUUUGUUGGCUUUGAUCUAGCACAUGCAGUUGGAAAUGUUGAACUUCACUUACAUGACUGGGGAGUUGAUUUUGCCUGCUGGUGCUCCUACAAGUAUUUAAAUACAGGAGCAGGAGGUCUUGCUGGUGCCUUUGUCCAUGAAAAACAUGCCUAUACAAUUAAACCUGCGUUAGUGGGAUGGUUCGGCCAUGAACUAAGCACCAGAUUUAACAUGGAUAACAAACUGCAGUUAAUCCCUGGAGUCAAUGGAUUCCGAAUCUCAAAUCCUCCCAUUCUGUUGGUCUGUUCCUUACAUGCUAGUUUAGAGAUCUUUAAACAAGCAACUAUGAAAGCACUGAGGAGAAAAUCUAUUUUGCUAACUGGUUAUCUGGAAUACAUGAUCAAGCAGUACUUUAUCCAGGACAAAGCAGAAAGCAAGAAAACAGUCGUGAACAUAAUUACUCCAUCCUGUAUAGCGGAACGUGGCUGCCAGCUAACCCUAACAUUUUCUAUUCCAAUAAAACACAUUAUCCAAGAACUAGAAAAAAGAGGAGUGGUUUGUGACAAACGGGAGCCAGAUGGCAUUCGAGUGGCUCCAGUUCCUCUCUACAAUUCUUUCCAUGAUGUUUAUAAAUUUAUCAAUCUGCUCACUUCUGUACUUGGCUCUGUAGAAACAUAAAAUAGCGGUAUUUUCCACAGCAACUAAAGCAAAUAAAAUGGAAAGCCUGCAGUUACUUGAUUACUAUUAUUCAAGUCUUAAUUAUUGGAAGUAUUUAAAAACUGAUUACAAUUAACUGGAAAUGAAUUGCAUACUUUAUAGAAAACAUGACAAUUUUGCUAAGGAUCUGUGGUCUUGAGAUCUCUAUGGCUGUCGAACUUCUUGGUGUUUGGUGAAUCAAAGUAUUUAUUGGUGCAGGUAUCAUGUACACAGUCUUGAUUAUCUGUCACAUUUCAUAGUUAAUGAAAUGUUUUCUGUUGGUUUAAUUAUAAUUUGAAUGACAACUUCAUAUGUAUGUAGAAAUUUUUGUAUCAAUUUUAGAAAUAUUACUUUAAUUUUAAUUUUCCAAGCAAUUUCUUAUAGGCACUGCCAUUGAACAGUCUGAAGAAUGUAUGCUUUUUACAAUGUUCCACCUAAUGCCAAUCUAAGGGACACAAAAUACAUUUUCUAGGGCAGUGGCUUUCAAAUACUUUGGUCAUGAUCUAUACUAAGAAAUGCAUUUAAUACCAGGGGGUAAUUUGUGUACAUGCCUUACUUCAUCGAUUCUAAUACACAACUUUUAACCACAUUUUAACAUCCAAUAAAGAAGAAAUAUCUUUCAACUUUCAUUCAA